CGUGACGAUAACGAUAGGAUUCUCACUUUGAGCGUUGGUCGUUGACACAGAUCCGCCAAAUAUGCUGCUGCGUUUUCUUCUUUUGGAAGGGACGGGAGCCUGAAACUCUGAAAUCUCUCUCCCGAACCCCUUCUUCGAUCGGAACGUUGCCCACGAUGCGGCUCGUAGCUCUCUUGUUUCAGGUCCUUCUGCUACCCUGGAGCUUCUCCUCCUCCAUCCGAACCAACUACACCUCCAUUUUUAGCUUCGGCGACUCCUUCGCUGACACCGGCAACUUCGUGAUCAUCGGCGGGCCGACGACACCCGAUCUGCUGAUAGCAAAGCCGCCGUACGGGAUGACUUUCUUUGGCCACCCCACUGGCCGCAUCUCUGAUGGGAGAUUGGCCAUCGAUUUCAUCGCUGAAGCUCUGGGGCUCCCACUCCUUCCGCCGUCCAUGGCGGCGAACCAGAGCUUCCGGCAAGGCGCCAACUUUGCGGUGGCCGGAGCCACGGCGCUGGACCGGGAAUUCUUCGUGCGGGACGGCGACACGAGCGUCACUCGGUAUAACAUCUCCCUCGGGGACCAGCUCGGGUGGUUCGACGCCAUGAAGCCAUCCCUCUGCAGCUCACCCCAAGCAUGCCAGAGGCACUUCGCGCGGGCACUGUUCGUCGUCGGAGAGUUCGGCUGGAACGACUACGCGUUCAUGCUGAUGGCCGGCAAGAGUGUCGACGAGGCGCGGUCUCACGUCCCUCAAGUUGUCAGAACGAUUUGUACUGCAGUGGAGAAACUGAUCGGCGCAGGCGGCAAGACGGUGGUGGUGCCGGGGCUGACGCCACUGGGGUGCGCGUCGGGGAACCUGGUGCUCUUCGCGACCACGAACGCCGCGGACUACGAGCCCGACACCGGGUGCCUCAGGGGCCUGAACCGGCUGUCCAGGGAGCACAACCGGCAGCUCCGGCAGGCCCUGGCCCGGCUCCGCGGCAGGCGCCCCGGCGCGAGGAUCGUCUACGCCGACUUCUACGCGCCCAUCGCCGACUUCGCCGCGGCGCCGGUUCGCUACGGGUUCGACGGCACGGACGGCGCGCUGCGGGCCUGCUGCGGCGGCGGCGGCGGGAGGUACAACGUCAAUUUGAGCAUGGCGUGCGGGAUGGCGGGCGUGAGCGCCUGCGCGGACCCGUCGGCGUACGUGAACUGGGACGGCAUCCACCUCACGGAAGCGGCCAACCACCGCAUCGCCGACGGCUGGCUCAGGGGGCCCUACGCGCACCCGCCCAUACUCGACGUCAACACAUAACUACUGUAGCAGACACGAGACAGAGCCAGAUACAUGCCCUUUGUAUCGUCCGCGUGCCUCAUUUUGGGUUGAGUCAGAUGGUGAUAUCUUCCUCGUA